UCAGAGCAAAUACCAAGAGGUGUUGCGGCGAGAUGGACGUGGGGAAGGACCAAUCUCAUCUGAAGCUCCACCAGAGCUCUGAGCGCCAUCUACAGAAGUCCCAUGCCCCAGGCAUCAUUGGAACCUGGAAUUUGAGAAACAGAGAACUGCUCCGGAAGAGAAAAGCUGAAGUACAGGAGAAGCAGACGUCACAAUGGCUCCUUGGAGAGCACAAAAAACGCAAGUAUCAAAGAAAAGGAAAAGGAAAUCAAAGAGGCCAAAGGAGACAAGAGAACAGAGAGUCUCAGCCACAAUCGGAAAAGGAAAGGGUGCAGGAAGAAUCGGUACCUGCUGAGGAAGAGACUGAGCACCCUGAACCCCGUGUGACCACCGAAGCUCUCCCCUUGCUGGCAUCCUCCACAGAAGCUGAGCCUGCAGAACGCUGUCCUGAGGUACACCAAGAAAGCAUUCAGUGCCAGGACGUAGCCAUAUGGAACCAUUCUCAGACGCAUCAACACGAGCCCAAACCUGAAGGCCGCUCACCUACCACGUGCCAAGAAAUAGCGACACUUCAACAUUCUUCCAAAAUGUGCCGAGACUUGGCUAAACCUGAGGCGCUCUCUCCUAAAAUGUGCCAGGAAACAGCUGUGCCCCAAACCCAUCCGUCCAAAGUACCCCAAGAUAUGACCAAACCUGAGGCGCUCUCUUCUAAAAUGUGCCAGGAGACAGCUGUGCCCCAAACCCAUCCGUCCAAAGUACCCCAAGAUAUGACCGAACCUGAGGCACUCUCUCCUAAAAUGUGCCAGGAAACAGCUGUGCCCCAAACCCAUUAUCCCAAAGAACUCCAAGACACAGCUGGACCUGAGGCAAUCGCUCUUAAAAUGUGCCAGGAACCAACUGUGCUUCAAGAAUAUACUUUGAAAACGUGCCAAGAUGUAGCCACACCUGAAGUCCUCUCUCCUCAAACACAUCAAGAUAUGGCUGUUCCCAAAGCCCUUCCCUGUACAAUACCUGGAGAUGCUGCUGGCUCAGAAGGAUGCUCACCUGAAGCAAUCCCUGAGUCAGAUGUGCCCGAAAGCCAUCCCGAAUCAGUCAGACCAGAGAAAAAUACUUCCCACCCAGACCAAGGAAUGGGUGUGACUGAAGACGUCCUUUCUGAAACCGGAGAAUGCAAUGUGUCUAAAGACUUUUCUACAAACACACACCAAGAAGCAGCCGAAUCUGAAUUCGUUUCUCAUGAGACCUAUGAAGAACUCACUGCGCCUACAGUCUCCUCUCAUAAAACAAUCCAAGAAUCACCUGGGUCUGACAAAUAUCCCCAUGAAACAUGCCAACCAACACCUGGGCUUGAGAACUAUUCACUGGAAAGCUUCCAAGAAGCGGCGGGGCCUGAAGACCUCUCUAUGAAGGCUCGUGAGAACAGGCAUGGGCCAAAAAAUUGCCUUCCAGAAGGAGCUCCGGAAAUAGGUGGGGCCCAGGGGCCGAACCCUGAUGCACACCAGGAUGGGGAGGACUCUUGUACUUUCUCUCAAGAAAUGAAGGAAAGAGCCAAAGCAGAUCAAGAUGCAGAAACUCCAACGGGUCCACAGGGCCCCCAAGAGAACUGUCCAGAAAAUGACAUCUGUGGCUAUGCUCUAUUUUAACAGCGCUCAGUGAGGAAGCUGCAACCCAGCUGAAUACAGCAUGUACAACUUCUGUAUGAAUUUUCUGAAAC